AUGGAAUCAUUACCAAAACAGUUUGUCUCAGCAAUGAGAACAUUGUUUGAUAUAAUGGACGAUAAACACACAGGGUAUGUAAAGUUAACAGACAUCGAAAACCGCUGGCGGGAUGAUCGCACUAAAGGUCUUCCCCGGGGUGUUAUUGAAAGCCUGCAAAAGGUUGCUUCUAAUGAUGGUUUAUUAACGUUUGAAAGUUUUUGUACUGGCCUCAAAAUUUGUCUGUUACGAAACCAAGUUCAAAAUGCGUCUAGUAAUAUUAAUACAAUAAAUGAAGGUCUGGAUAAUAAGGGAAUAAGUGCUCAAAUGAGUACACAAAUCCACCGCCCCCCAUCCGCUCCAAUAAUUGAUAUAGAAAAUUCACACAAUACCCGAAAUUGGAACUUAUUAAGAAAUUCUGGAAAUCCAACACAUCGAACUAGUAGCAUGCCCCAAUUAGCCGAAGACACUAAUAAUUCUCUGCCCGAAUUGCUUCAACCUGGUAAAGUAACUUCUGUGUCUAAGCAUAACACUGCAGGGUCUCAUAAGAUUUAUGGCCCUCCGAAACCGCCACGACUUGAAAAAAGUUUAAUGGAAAGAAAAGAAAAUUCAAGAAAUGUAUACAAAUCUGAAGAAACAGUUUUGGAGAGUGAUGAUAUAGGAGGAACUAAAUUAGAUUUUGAUGAAAUGACAAGAUCAAUUGAAGGACAAGAUCGAGGUCUUGGAGAUGGUCGCUCUGCUAAUGGAACACAAACAAACCUACGAAAAACUUCGCGACGACGCGAGCCUCGUCGCCACACCCUACAUAACGGUGUUGAUUACAAUUUGUUGAAAAAAAUGAAGCAAAUCGAACAAGAAAAAGACGUUUUAUUACAAGGUUUAACAGCGGUGGAAGAAGCCCGUGAAUGGUACUUGAAACAAUUGUCAGAAGUGCAAGAUAAAAUGCGCUACGCCGGAAGAAUGGGUGGAUAUGUGGAACCAUGGAAUGAAGCCCAUCAAGAGCGCUUGGAAUUGCUACGAGCGCGAAUCUUAGAGUUAAACCGACAACUUGGCGCUCUAGCAGCCGGGUGGCGUCAUGGACCACUGUCAUUGCACAUGAACCUUGCUUUACCGACAACAAUGAAUCCAAUGGGAACCACACCUAACAAUGCAGCUGUUCUCCGAUCUCAAAACCGAAUGCUAGCAGAGGAAGUCAACCGUAAAAAUGAAAGAAUAUCGGUUCUAGAAAGAGAAAAAUCUGCACUUAUUAGGGAGUUACUACUACAAAGAAACAGGACAAAAAUAAUAGAUAACUUCUCAUAACACUGCUUCGACUAAUGAUUAUAGACAUAAGUAGCCACCGGUGUUUUAUUAAUUAAAUUUACUUUAAAAGACUUAUUUGUGCCAUUGUUAACCAUGCUUUAUAAAGAAAAUAAUAAAAGAUAUGUAUAUUAUA